AUGAUCUUCACUGCGUGCGAAGAUAUCAUGAAGCAGCGGAAUGUGCCCAGUGAGGUGAAGGAAGUCAUCGAAGACAUGUUGCCUGAUCUUCUGGGACAUGAAGGUUUCAUAGCCUUCUUCGAUCCCAAUGAUUGGGUGGAUAGUGCUGAAUGGCAACGCUCUCGAAUCGAGGCUGUUAUGGCGGCGAUCAGGGCAUAUAACGAUUCUAAUGAUGGACUAUGGUCUGGGCGACAGAAAAUCCUGAGGCCGUCCAUUAUACAUGACUUCUUCACCCGUUCUG